ACUACAAAAUAAACAAAAUUUAAAAAUAAACAAUCUUAUAAAUUGUUUAAACAAAUCUAUUGAUCUUAUAACUAAUAAUACAUUUCCAUAGAAAAAAAACAUGAGUUUCGUAGUUGGAAAUAUACAAAUAAAUGAUAAAAUCACUAUGUGUUAUGUAGUUGUUCCAGCAAAUUGGUUAGCUGGUACUGUAGUUUAUUGGCCUCAACAUCUUCCCACAACCGAACUUGACAAACUUAGAAAAGAUCCUUCAUCUUUGCCUAAUAAAGAUAUUUGGCAACAAAAGAACUUUACUUUCAUGACAAUGGCAAAAAGCUACGAAUUAGCAGAAACCAUGAGCACUAAUCUCCAAUCAAAACACAUUAACCAAUUCCCGCCAAUUAUCAUUAACAUGAAAAAUGAAGAAAAAGAUUUGAAUUCUUAUCAAGAAGAAGAAUCUGAAACGUUGAUUGAUUCUAAAGAAAAUCAACAACAAUUUAAAAUUGAUUAUUCUUUCGAUUAUGAUGAUCUUGAUCAAAAAAAUAUAACAGAAACUUGCAAUCACAAUAUCCAACUUAAUGAAAUGGAUGGCAAAAUAUCAAAUUGUCUUUUUCAAAAUACCGAAACUCAUUUUAAACUUGAUAAUUUUGCAAAAACAUUAGAUUUGGUUUUUCAUAAAAUCGGAUUGGAAGCUAAUCUUCCGUUUGAUAAAUUUAAAGAUAUUGAUGACUUUGCAGAUCGAUUUUCGUCGAAGGCGAAAAUCGAUCAAGUCGAUGAAAAAAUUGAAAAAUGUCUUUUGGCAAAUGAACUUACUCAUAUGAAGAUUGAUAGUUUACAGAAAUCUUUGGAUGAUAUUUUGAAAAAUGUCGAGAGUAAUGUUAUAGACUUGGCCGAAGACCCUCUAUCCGAUAGUGCAGAAACAGAAUCAUAUAAAUUUCCAAUCUCUACAGUUACAGAACUCAAUCGUCUUGAUAAAGAACUGGAACAUAAUAAAAUCUUAAUGUCGAAAUUGGUUAACAAAUUUACUAAAAUUGCUGGAGACUCUGGAAAUAAAUUGGCUAAACUGGUUGGUGUCAAAAUUGUUGAAAGAAUAAUAUCUCCCAAGUUAUUAACAAAAUUCACAUGGACCGGUCGCCAUCAGGUCUCUAAAGAUGUAAAGCUUCCUUUCAUGGUUUAUUCGUCGAUCUUCAAUCUUUGCCUGCAAGUUAUAUCAAAAGCUGAUCAUAGUUUUGGCAGAAAAGAAUGUGAACACUUUUUGAAACAAAAUAUACUCAAACAUAGCAUUUUAAGAUUUUCUCGUAAAUUCAAUAAGAAAACAAAUCGAAGAAAAGGAAAUUGGUGCUCUGAAUCGAGGACGAUUAUAAAUCCAUCAGAGCUAAAAUUCGAAUCUAAAAAAACAAAUUUACAAAAGUCAGAUACUGAAGAAGUCGAAGAAAUGAUUAAAUUAAAAGAGUAUCAUGGGAUAACUAAUAAUCCAGACAUCGGGGAAGAGAGUUUGCCAACAGAGAAUUCAUUCAUGAAAAAAUGCGACCACGAAGACAAACUUGAUAAUAUGGACAUAAAAAUCUCACAUUGCAUUAAGUCAAAUACAAAAGUUCAUCAAAAGAUCGAUGAUAUGCAGAAAACGUUGAAUCUUAUUCUGAGUAAAAUCAUAAAAAAUCAAAGUGUCGAACCGGAUUCUGUCCAUGUCCCUUCUUCUCAGAUGACGGACAUUACUAAUUGUGUUCCAAUUUUGACUCCAGUUCCUGAAAUAGUUGAUGAAGAACUUGAUUCAUUGCAUUUUCCGUUAACAACAGUUCAAGAUCUGAAGGAUUUGAAUAAAAAACUCGCCACAAGUGAGAACUUUGAAAAGAAAAUGAUAAACAAGUUUAUCGGAAUAGCUGGAAACUCCAAAACGAUGUCAGUGCAAAGAUUUGGACUUGCAGUCGUGGAAAACGUUAUCCCAACACAAUUACUAAUGAAAUAUUCGUGGACUGGACGUUCUCGAGGGAAUAAUUCUAAAUUGUCUUUUAUGAAAUACAAAGCUUUAAUAAGUUUCUUUCAAAAAAUCAUUUCCAAGGCUGAUGAUCGUUUUACUCGAAAAGAAUGUGAAGAUUUUCUUAGACACAGCGUUUUUAAGUAUGUCAAUUUAAGAGUUGCCAGAAAACGGCGAAAGGACAAAGAUUCAUCAGUUAGUGAAUGUUCUUUGGAGAAAGAUGCUGACGAAGAUAUAAUAUAUAAUGUCUCUGAUAAGGAAGAUAAUAUGAAUGUUAAGAAGUAAUAAGUUACGUUAAACAUACUACAUUUUAUAAUAAUUUUAACAA